GCUUACUGGUCAGAGGAGGAAUGCUGAACUUGCUUUCGGUUGCUAAAGCUUUAGCUCCACAAGUGGAGUCAAUGAUUUCUUUGAUCUCUCUGUUUCUAUUUCAUGUUGCGCCAGUGCUCAAAAACCCCCAAUUCCCAAUCUUCGCCCUCGUUGAAAUCAGUCAAGUGUUGGAAACCCUAACUCCUGAAUCGGAGUAGGUCCUGGUCGAAUCGAAGCUCAAGCUCGUGGACGGGAUGAUUUCGGAACCCUAAUUACAAUGGGUGGUACGGACGCAAAGGACAUCCUCGGGUUGCCGAAGACUCCACUGUCCUUAACGCAGGAGAAGAGAUCUCGACCCCAGAAAGAGUCCCAUAGAAAGCCCGAUGGCAUUUCUCGCGAGGUUUAUGCGCUUACCGGCGGCGUUGCUCCUCUUAUGCCUUCAAUUGAUGUUGCCCAUUUAAAGCGCCGUCCUCCUGCAGAUGAAAAGGUUGCUUGGCAAUGGCUCCCCUUCACCAGUUCUGCUAGGAAAGAUGAUUUGCAGCUUUACCAUUGGGCUAGAGUGGUGAAUAAUGUUCCACCGACAGGUGAUUACUCCUUUGCCAAAUACAACAAGUCAGUUGAUAUUUUGAAAUACACAGACGAGGAGUAUGAGAAUCAUUUAACGGAUCCUGUGUGGACCAAGGAAGAGACAGAUCAGUUGUUUGAAUUCUGUCAAAAUUUUGAUCUCCGCUUUGUUGUAAUAGCUGAUCGAUUUCCGGUAUCACGGACUGUCGAGGAAUUGAAGGAUCGUUACUACAGUGUAACCCGGGCCUUGCUGCGUGCUAGAGCUCAGUCUCCAGCAGAUGUUGCAAACCAUCCUCUGAUGAAGGAGCCUUACGAUAUUACACGUGAUAGAGAGCGCAAGCGAGCAUUGUCUGUAGUCCUGUCCCAGAGUAGGCAUCAGGAGAAGAAAGAUGUGCAGAUUCUGGCUGAGGCUAAAAGAAUCACAGAGAUGCGAUUGGCAGCACGUCGUGCAGAAGAGCCUGAUGUGUCUGCAAAUGAGAACGCCGGUCUUGAUAAAGCUGAUGGGAUAGUUUCAGGGCGUAGUAUAUCUCCAUCAUCUAAUUCUCAACUUCCUGCUACUGCUGUGGCUCCAUCAACACUAACUAUGGCAGAUUAUGCCUCUACCCUUGCUUCCCUGCGUAUGCUUCAUGUAUACUUGAGAACCUAUGGACUUGAACAAAUGGUCCAAGCUGCAAGCUCUGCUGUUGGUCUUCGAACAAUCAAGCGUGUUGAGCAGACUCUGCAAGAUCUCGGGGUUAAUUUGAAGCCAAAGGUUCCUACGAAAACCGUGUGUGAUGAGCAUCUUGAGUUACGAAAAGAAAUAUUAACACUACUGAAUCUUCAGAAGCAGCUGCAAUACAAGGAAUCAGAAGGUUCAUCACAUCGUGAAGGGUUAUAUGCGGCAAUGCCAGACACGCCAAAAGAUCGUGUGUUUGCAUCAGACCCAUUCAGUUUUGGAGCUGAAAGACCAAUUAAGAAGGAACAAAAGCGCAAGGGUCCUGGAAGACAAGCAGAUACCCCUUCACCAGCUCAUAAGCGUCCGAGGAAGAUGAAAGCCUCUGAUCUCUAAAAAUAAGUACUCUGGUGUAUACUGACUUGCAAUUUUUCAUGUGUAUGUAUUUCUCCUUUUUUUUUCUUUUUCUUUUUCCGGUGAUUUCAGUCACUGCCCCGUUUGGAAUUGUUAAGUCUUUCCAUUUGUGAUUUCAAGUCUCUUUACUCUUUGAAGACACCGGUUCUUCAACUCAUUUACAGUACGACGGUCAUGUAGAAAAUCGAAGCUAAUGAAAAAACCGUAUCAUUAAUCUGUU